AUUUGGGUACCUACAGUUUCCAUGGAAACAAAAUCAUCCUGCGGUUUGUCAUGGCAACAGCCUGGUCGUCGCAGGCGUCUUGUAACAUUUCAGGGAAAAUAACACCGCAACCUAUAAAGAAUAAACAUUUUUUUCCAUUAUUCCAAGAUUGUCUUUAAGGUCCAAUAAAUCCCCGAAAAAUAACGCGCCUGCCAUAAAGAUAGCGGUUGUUUCUAAUCUAUUUUAGGACAUUCGCCGUGCGCAUGUUCGUAGAAAGAGGAACUGGUCGGAAUGACGCUUUCCUCCGAUUCAGGUUCCGCUCCAAGCUACUCCACAGACAGACCUUAUCUUCCAAUCCAAAUAUUGCAAACAAACAAUUUGACAUGACAUGCUAACGGUUACGAGUUGAGACCAAGAAGAGCAUAUCUAUAACUUAACAAAAGUGACAUUCUGUCGCAGUUAUCAAAAUGAUGCGCUUCAUGCUCCUGUUCAGCCGGCAGGGGAAGCUGCGGCUGCAGAAGUGGUACACGGCCACGGCGGAGCGCGACAAGAAGAAAAUGGUGCGCGAGCUCAUGCAGGUGGUGCUGGCCCGCAAGCCCAAGAUGUGCAGCUUCCUGGAGUGGAGGGACCUGAAGAUUGUAUACAAGAGGUAUGCCAGCCUGUACUUCUGCUGUGCGGUGGAGGAGCAGGACAACGAGCUGAUUACUCUGGAGGUCAUCCACCGCUUUGUGGAGCUGCUGGAUAAGUACUUUGGCAGCGUGUGUGAGCUGGAUAUCAUCUUUAACUUUGAGAAGGCCUACUUUAUCCUAGACGAAUUUCUGAUGGGAGGAGAAAUACAGGACACGUCCAAAAAGAGCGUGCUCAAGGCCAUCGAACAGGCAGACCUUCUACAAGAGGAGGACGAGUCUCCGAGGAGCGUGUUGGAGGAGAUGGGCUUGGCGUAGUUACCGCCUGCCAGACAAGCAAGGGUAGACACACACACACACACACACACACACACACAUACACACACACACACACACACACACACACACACACACACACACACACACACACACACACACACACACACACACACACACACACACACACACAGACAUACACAGAGGACUUGAAGUGUCGGUGCUGAACGCCAGGAGGACUGAGACUCUGUCGCAAGGGCAGAGGGAGGAGGGGGGAUGAUGAUGUUGAACACUGGACUACGUACAUGGUGAAGGGGGUGGGGAGAGGUGGAAUGUCGAUGGGUGACGGAAGGGAGGGGAGGGGAGGGGAGGGGAGGGGAGGGGACGGAGUGAUUGUAAUUAGGCUCUUUUUGAUGCUACUGAGUUGGGCAUGUGAUUGUAUUUUCUCAGCCUUUUGUCUUCAUCCCACUCAUGCCUUGGGGCUAGACAGCGCGGCGUCUGUGAAAUAAUCAUCAUCAUCGCGUUGCCGAUAUCCCCCCACAGCCCAGUGAUUAAGACAGCUGUCUGAGUCCCCCCCCCCACCCUCCCACCCCGUUAUCACACGUCCAGAGCGGUCACAGGUUUUUUUUUUCCUUCUUUUUUUGUAAUGUACGUGUUAUUUAAGGGACAGAUGGUGAAAGUGUAUUUCUGGCAGUAAUAAGAAAAGGUUGUGAAGCUGAAUAUCAACAAGAUGCUCCAGUCACAGCCUCCGUUAGCUGUAAACUUAAAUAUCUCCCAGAUCAUCACCCACAGUUCAUUAGAAUGACUCAUACUAGGUAAUAGGAUUGUUAACGCUCACCGUCUCUCAGGAAUGCUGGAGAAAUGCUAGGCACUCAUCGUAAUGUAAAUGAAAGGUAACAUAUUGUACUGUAUAUUUCACAUGGGCAAUGGUUGAUUUGUUUUUUCUUUUUGACUGAUUAUGUGUGUGUUGGACCAAGGAUUGAGCCACAUGUGGUUCCAUCUGUUUUUUUGGGGUGUAUCUGGGUUUUCUUCAGAGGAUUGAUCUUGUGUGUUUUUCAUCUUUUUUUGCAUCUUUUUGUGUUUGCCUUUGAGCUGCUCCAUUUUCUAAAGAUAUCCUGCUGAUAGUAUGAACUCAUACAAUGAAUGGACUGUUUUUCGGUGAUGCACUACUGAACCAGACAAGAGGACUUGAAACAUGAACAUGAAACGCUUUUUUCCCCCCUUCAUUCCAGACUUGCAUUCGUCCAGCAAUGAAAACGGAUUAUUAAAAAAAAAGGGUUUGAAAAGGGAACAAUUAUAUUUGAGAAAUGGGGUGAAAUAGUUUGAUAUUGAGUGUGUUGCAAUCAGAUUCUAUUCAUUAAAUGGUGAUUUCCAAAUUAAAAAAAAAUCGAAAAGCUUUAAAAAAAUAAAAAAGACGCCCUCCCGGAAAAUCAAAUGAAAUAUUUUGCAAACAGUUUGAAAAACGGUUUGUCUUUUAUUUCUGUCCCCGUUUCUGAGAUGAAAAUAAUGAAGAUUGUGAUCCAGCACGUUGGCAUGCACUGUCAGUUUGCAGUCAAAUAAAUUAAAAGUGUGUAUGUGUGCGAGUGAGAGAUUUUAUAAAGAAAAAUAAAUACUUUCAAUGUAA